AUGACGCCAGCUCAGCGGGUCCACGCCUGGGAGAUCUCCGACCAGCUGCUGCAGAUCCGUCAGGAUGUGGAAUCCUGCUACUUCGCGGCGCAGACCAUGAAGAUGAAGAUACAGACGUCCUUCUACGAACUCCCCACGGACUCCCACGCAUCCUUACGGGACUCGCUGCUGUCCCACAUCCAGAACUUGAAAGACCUGUCGCCGGUUAUUGUAACCCAGCUGGCUUUAGCGAUCGCAGACCUCGCCCUGCAAAUGGCAUCUUGGAAAGGCUGCGUGCAGACACUGGUGGAAAAGUAUAGCAACGACGUGACGUCGCUGCCCUUCCUGCUGGAAAUCCUCACGGUGCUGCCGGAGGAGGUCCACAGCCGAUCCCUGCGCCUCGGAGCCAACCGCCGCACGGAAAUCAUAGAAGAUCUGGCGUAUUAUUCCAGCACCGUCAUCUCUCUGCUGGUGACGUGCGUGGAGAAGACGGGCAACGACGAGAAGAUGCUCAUCAAGAUCUUCCGGUGCCUGGGGAGCUGGUUCAACCUGGGCGUCCUGGACAGCACCUUCAUGGCCAACAGCAAGUUGCUGUCGCUCCUCUUCGAGGUGCUGCAACAAGACAAGACGUCCUCCAACCUCCACGAAGCCGCUUCCGACUGCGUGUGCUCAGCCCUCUACGCCAUCGAGAACGUGGAGACCAACCUUCCCUUGGCCUUGCAGCUUUUCCAGGGCGUCCUGACCCUGGAGAGUGCCUACCACAUGGCGGUGGCGCGCGAGGACCUGGACAAGGUGCUCAACUACUGCCGUGUGUUCACCGAGCUGUGCGAGACCUUCCUGGAUAAAAUCGUCUGCACGCCGGGCCAGGGGCUGGGCGACCUGCGGACGCUGGAGCUGCUCCUCAUCUGCGCCGGGCACCCCCAGUACGAGGUGGUGGAAAUCUCCUUUAACUUCUGGUACAGGCUGGGCGAGCACCUCUACAAGACAACGGAAUCCCUUGUCUCGUCCUUGUCCAGCGAGUGGGGAUCUGGGUCCCUCCGAGCUGCCCUCACCCCUUUUCCCCUCCCCGAUCUCUGCCAGGAGGGCGUCCCCGAGGAGACGGAUGACUUUGGGGAGUUCCGGAUGCGCGUCUCGGACCUGGUGAAAGAUCUGAUCUUCCUGGUGGGAUCGGUGGAGUGUUUUGCUCAG